AUGGGUGACCCGGAAGUUCGAACGAACGUAUUCAAAUCACUGCUGUUGAACAUACUUUCGCUCGUCUUUAUCCACUUCUUCGACCUAUUCCUCCAUCCCUUGGUCCGAGACAGUCAGGGGUCGAGCUGGGCACAUCAAAACUUGGGCGGAGCUUACCAAAUCCUCUGGCUUUGUCCCAUAGUUGGAGCCUCGGUGUAUCUCAACACCGCCUGGUGCAGCCUCCUCUCGAAAAGGACAUUCACGGUUUUACAUGGUCCUCGCGCUGCGGCAGCGCUGGAGUUCCCAACAAUCGGCUCCACGCGCAGAACACGGACAUCCGCUGCAUUACUGCAGACGGCGUUGAUAUCGGCGUAUCGAUGGACUAUGAUCAUGGCAAGCGUGUUAUUGGACUUCCUUCUGACGUUCGUGCCAUGGAUUGGUCGGCCUCUGAGCGUCAUCUUCCUGUCUUGGGUCAACUCGUAUUACUUCUUCGAAUCAGAGUGGAUCGGACGUGGCCUUAACCUCCCGGCCCGCGUGCAAAACUUGGAGGAGCGUUGGGCGUACUAUCUAGGCUUUGGUUUCCCGGCGGCCAUACUAUGCUCGCUCGCCAGCGGCCUGACAAGCCCGGCGUUAUUCGCGUUGAUUUUCCCAUACUUCGUCAUCGUGUCAAUGUAUUCCCACCCGGGCCCGCCCGACCCGUACAAUUCCGCGGCUUCUGCGAACCAGGAGUGGCAAGGCUAUGGCAGCAGUUAUGGCACCUCCGCUUCGAUACUACCUGUGCGCCUCCCGGUGUUUGCAGCCGUGAUGUGGGUGCACUAUGCCAUCAUCCGUACCAUUGAGGCGAUCACCAAUACGUUCGGCGUCGACGUGGAUAUGUCGCCCUUCCUCGCCGAGACUUACGGCGGUGGCUAUCCGUACCACCACAACGUGGGCGAUAGAGCGGACACCCAACGCAAAGCCGAGAAUAUGGAGGAGGGCAUCGGAUAUUCCGAUUCCGUGGAGCCUGCAAUAAAUCUCGUCGGAAGGCCGACACCGUCCUCCAGGGUCAGAAUCGGGGUGGUUCGACGUAAAGCUGAGUGAAAGGUUGUUUUGCGGUAUUGAAUGAAUGUCGUACGUUACGUUGCGUCCCUGUCCGUUCAAUACGAAUGAGUUAUGUAUCAGUUGCAGGGCCGGUAACUUCAUCCCCAUCAUUACUUACGUUGAAAUGCUACGUAACAUGGAUGUGGGCGCGUGCCGAUGCUUGAACACCGGGCAUAAUAUGGAGAAACCUGCUCUUCUGAUCCAACUCCUAUUGCAGAUGACAGCUGGUCGUCGCGACCAUGUUUGGUCCUCGUUCAUCCUCGACUGGAUCACAGCUGAGCAAGGUCACUGCAUCUGCGUCGGAAUUACGAUAAUCAGUACGAUACCUCCGUCUGCACGCCAUGCAGGAUCAUACGGGAGAUCGGAUGAAUAUUCGCAAACGGGCAGACCAUAUCCCAAGUAUGGAAUGUGGCACGGCCACAUCUCGAACCUCAACAUUCUUUACUCAGUGCCGUUGAAGGCAGUGCAUCCGCGAAGUUUCGAUUAUACGUGACGUGCUGGUCUCCCCUUGGCCCAUUCGUCCUGGCUAUGCUGCUGUGACGACCGUCGGUGAACUACGGGGACCGCCCGACUCACCGACGGACUUCUCUGGGCUACCGACCAACUUAGCACGAUCGCCUCAGGCGCGGCGGACUCAACUCGAUCGCAAGCAUAGGGCAAGACAGGUCCACGUACCGGCGAUACAGCUUCGACUUACGCUCCACGACUGCGAAGUGUGGGGAUCCCGUAUGGCGUGGUAAUUCGAUCAUAC